AUGGGUCGAUACUCUGGGAUAGACAGCGACGUGGAGACGGCCACAAAAUGGUGGAACGACUACCCAACAAGGUAACUAAUUUUAAAAUAUUUAAUCAUAAUAUUGUGAAUGAUUAAUUCGCAUUUUAAGUUUUUACUAAAAAAUUAAGAAAUCUUUUUGACAAACCACAGAAGAGUAAAGUUGGGUAAACAUUACACUCGUAGCAUAUUACGAGAAAAAUGACAUUCACUUAUAAUUUAGUCGGUUCACCGAUCUGUGCAAGGCCGAAACCGCCUUCCAGAACAUCGUGGAAGGAGUGUGGUCGAAGCCGAAGCGAUUGGGCCGCUCCGCAUCCUUCACUAACAUGACCUACAUCAAAGAGAAACAACACGACUAUCCCAUCAAGAGAAGCGAGUCCAUCAGUUCCUUGGCUCCAUCUCUCGGCCUUCUGCCACAGUAUCAUCGUGAAGCUCAACGAAUCGUCCACACUGCACCAGUGUACAAACCAUUCGUUCACGACUGGUACAACAACGCUUAUUCUUCAUCCAGAUACAGAGUAAGUACGAGGUCUUCGUAAAUUACGAAUAGAGACAAAAAAGGUAGAAAAAGUAAAAGUGGAGGCAGAGUGUGUUCAUAGUUAUAAUCUAUACAUCCAUAGUUUCUAACAACAACGUUAAGCAACAUUUUUGAUAUAUUAAUUAAAGGCGCCGCUUCGCCCACUAUGUGCAAGUUCAGAUCCCACGUUUUCUGUUUACUUUUUGACCAAACCAUUGAACAUAUGGACAAUCAAAUGUGUUGACAAAUUAAAAGAAACACAUUGGCCAAAAAUAAGCCUAAUUCGAAGCUGACACCUGUUACCUAAAUCAACAAAACUGACGUCAUGAUUAAUGAAUUCGGAUUUUAGGACACUCAGCGAGAGAUCGAGAGACCAUUAAGAAGAGAAGUACCAGACUACGAGAGGUCCACCCAUGUACCAUACUACACCUUCCAAACCAAGCGCAUCUUCUUCGAAGAGGUAAUAAUUUUAAAGUCUCCACGAUGCAAUUCAAGUUUAGACCAUCCUGGUACACUUUUUGUAUAAUUAGUUUAAGUUACACACGUAUUUUAAGACAAAAUUUGAAUAAUGUUAUUCAAUCUGCAGAGACGUCAGCCCUACAAGUCCUACAUCGGACAGUCGCAGAAGUACCUCGACAAGUACGUGACAUCAAGACUAAAGGCCGAUGACUUUGCUCAACAGUAUGUCCACUCUGCCUACGAAUGGCACAAGCCCCAAGACUACUCCUUCAACAGACAUUGUGUGUGGGGUAGUCAGGUCUAUGUACCACAUGCACCAUCCAACCCCCACUCGUACAGCGACGCUCAGGCACUGCGCAAACUGUAUAAGACUACUGGAAGAUUCCGAUUCGCUUGA